AUGAGGACACCGUCGCAGUGUGGCCUCGCCGGUGGCUGCACGCAUCUCCCCGGACCAGAGGGGAUAACGACGCAAGCAAGGCGGCGGCGCCGGUGCCUAGCAGACACCGGAUCUGGCCGCCCCGGGAAGCGAAAUCCCGACGGCGCGCGUGCGCGUGCCACCGGCGAUCCAGAAGCAACCGAAUGGAGGGACUGGGCCAGCCUGACAUCGGUGUUCGUCGAGGACAUUGCCGGCCGGCUGCUCUCCGUCGACGUGUCCGAGUACCUGCGCUUCAGGGCCGUGUGCGCGCCCUGCCUCGAGCUGACGGACGACCCUCGCACGGGCGGCGUCCUAGACGGCUGGUUCCGGCCCCGCAACUGGAUCCCUCUACGCAAGCAGGCGCCGACCCCAGGCGUCUCCGCCUCAGGAACACAAUUACACAACCACCAACGCCCGCGUCGGGCUGGACCUCCCAGUGUUGGCAGCCAGCCACCUCCUCAGUGUCCUCGACGGCCUCCUCGUCCUCUCCGACAAGGGCACAAGCGCCGUCCGCCUCCUCCACCCGCUCACCGGCGCGCUAGCCGAGUUCCCCGUCAUCGCCAACGUGCGGGACCGGGGCGGCGCCCGGGUCGCCAUGGACGUGUUCAGGUCCCGGUUCUCCGGCCUCGGCCCCGAGCCGCCGAAUGGAUACGACAUCGACUACCCCGCCUUCAACACGGUGUUCACCAGCGCCGGCGUAGACGAGUCCACCUCGCCGCCGACCCUCCAGCUCCCGGUGAGAGACGAGGCGUGGCUGGUCCUACUCGCCAAGCCUGGUGA